AUGCAGACACCAACAAGCACUAUACCAGACUCGAUUCCAGAUGAAGCCAUCGCUACUCUUGUAGAGCCUCACUUGGUGACCGAUUCCUCCUCCCAUGACAACGAUUCCAUACGCCAUGGCGAAGAUCCCGAUCAAGAUACUCAAGCUGACCGAGGAGAAGAAUUGAUACCCAUUCCUUAUCAUUUGCCUGGAACUGCAAUCACCCAUGAUAUCUACAGCCAUGCCAACACCCUCCGUGCAGGACAAUUACAACGUAGCAAAUCCAGCAAUGACUUGCUUGUCAAAGCAGGCAAGAUUAUACACAAGGACAGUGAUGAUUCCGAUCCUGUGUUGGAGAAUCUCAAUAAGCCUGGAGGCUUUCGACGCUAUCAUUUCAUUACACAACAACAACAACAACAACAACUUCAAUCACACAAUGCAAGCCCUUCGGACCAAGAAUUGGGAAGGUCUUAUUCACCCCAUCCACCCAACAGCAUUUCUCUUUUUCGACCCCAGACAGCUUCUUCGUGCGACUCUUACACAAUGCUAGAAUCAGUGGCUCGUUCAAGUACCAUUGGCUCAAUGCGUGGUGUUCAAACUCGUCAUUUUCUCGAAUACUUGGCUGUCACUUCUGUCAUGGAUCGAUUUGCUGGUGAAAAUCUAUCCGACUCUGAUGAUGAAGAUGAAGAAUCAGCUCCCCUUUUACAAUCCUAUAAUCGAAGUCGAAGGCGUGGAAGUCCAAGACGUGUCACUGAAGAAGGUGCUCCCAAACACAAGGCUAGCAGCCUCAAGACCGGUUUCCUCCUCUUCAAGGCAUUCAUUAGCAGUGGUAUUCUUUUCCUUCCAAAGGCAUUCUCCAAUGGUGGUCUCUUCUUUUCCAUUUGUAUCCUAUACCUCAUGGGCUUUGUCUCGUUGUUUUGCUUUUUACGACUUUUGGAGUGCAAGAACUAUGUCGCUGGCAGUUAUGGUGAUAUUGGUGGUGCCAUGUAUGGUCCUUGGAUGAGGAGAAUUGUUCUAUUCUCAAUUGCUAUCUCACAGCUUGGCUUUAUGUGUGGUGGCACCAUUUUCAUUGUGGAGAACAUUGUUCAAGCUGUUCGAUCCUUAUCCCAUCAUGCUAUCCAAUUGACAAGCACACAAACACUGAUCAUGGUGGCACUACUAUUGAUGCCCUUUGUCUUGAUUCGUAACAUUGCCAAGCUCUCCUCGACGGCCUUGUUUGCUGAUGUCCUUAUUGUGAUGGGUCUGCUGAUAUUGUUGGCAUGUGAUGUGCACCAGAUUUUUUUCUCAAACGAUACUCCACAACCUGGUCCCAAUGUUCAAUGGCUUUUCAACCCAAGUGCUUAUCCUGUCUUCAUCGGAACAGCUGUUUACUCAUUUGAAGGAAUUGGUCUUAUUAUACCCAUCCGUGACGCCAUGGAGCGCCCUGAAAAGUUCCCCCUUGUCUUGACAAUCGUCAUGGGAAUCGUUGCCACUGUGCUUUGUUUAGUUGGAUCCUUGGGUUAUGUUGCUUUUGGUACUGAUGUCAAAACCGUGGCUCUUUUGAAUUUACCUGAUGGAUUGCUUGGAAACACUGUACAGCUGUUUUACGCCUUGGCCGUGCACUUGACAAACGCACUUACAUUGUUCCCCACCGUUCGUAUUGUGGAGCACGCAUUAUUUGGUGAACGCACGGGAAAGCACAAUGCUACUAUCAAAUGGCAAAAAAAUGCAUUAAGAUGCGCUAUCGUCAUUGUAGGUGCUGUCAUCGCAUGGGCUGGUGCCAACGACUUGGAUAAAUUUAUCAGUCUUAUCGGAUCCAUUUGCUGCUGUCCAUUGAGCUUAAUUUUCCCACCCUUGUUCCAUAUGGGAUUGGAUGGCACCAAAGGCUGGCAACGUUUAGUGGAUCAGGUACUCAUUACUUUUGGAACGGGCAUUAUGCUAUUCACUCUUUGGAAUACGGCAAGCAAGUGGGGAUCGCAGUAA